UCGUCGCUUUUCGCUUUUGCACUGCUUCGCUCUGCUUGAAUGAGUCAGAUUUGGAAAACAAAUUAGAAUACAUUUUUGUUGCAAUCUCCAGCCCUGAGAAAUCUACGAUUUUAAUUAGUUAUAUUUAUAAAUUAGUGUUGUAAGUCGCAAAACUACUCAAGAAACAUGGAGUGGCUAUUCGGUAAGAAAAUGACCCCGGACGAAAUGAUGCGUAAGAACCAGCGCGCCCUGAACAAAGCGAUGCGAGACCUGGAUCGGGAAAAGAUGAAAAUGGAACAGCAGGAAAAGAAGAUCAUUGCCGACAUCAAAAAGUUGGCCAAGGAGAACCAAAUGGAUGCGGUUAAGAUUAUGGCCAAAGAUUUGGUUCGAACGCGGCGAUACGUUCGAAAGUUCAUGCUAAUGAAGGCCAACAUUCAGGCAGUUUCACUGAAAAUCCAAACACUGAAGUCACAAAACGCAAUGGGAGAAGCGAUGAAGGGCGUCACGAAAGCGAUGACCAACAUGAACCGCCAGCUCAACUUGCCUCAAAUUCAAAAAAUUUUACACGAAUUCGAAAAACAGUCAGAGAUUAUGGACAUGAAGGAGGAGAUGAUUAAUGAUGCCAUGGACGACGCAAUGGAAGACGAAGGUGACGAGGAGGAAACCGAUGCCAUUGUGUCUCAAGUCCUGGAUGAAUUGGGUCUGCAGCUCAAUGAUCAGUUGUCUGGACUGCCUCAGGCUUCCGGUUCCCUGUCGGUGGCCGGUGGUGUGAAAGCCCCUCAGGCGGCAGCGAUGGGAGCAGGUGGAGCAGCUGGGGGCUCAGGAGCAGGUUCUCCAGUUUCAGAUGCUGAUGCCGAUUUGCAAGCCCGACUGGACAAUCUUCGGAGAGAAUAGUCUGGUGAUGUGGAUUAAUUACUGCAUAAUCGAUUUUACUUCAUAACGGUAUCGACUAGGUGGUGAAUGAUUAAGUGUCAUCGUUUAAGCUCGAUUUUCGUCGAGGAAAAGGAAGGGUGACGAAUUGAUUCUAGUUGUAUUUGUUUUUCACAUUACGAUAGUAGUAUAUUCAAACUACGAGCUUUAUUACUGAUUAAAGAGUAUCUUAAUGUUUAAAAUCUCACAUAUAACCUUUACUAGGAAAAAUGUAAAAGUCGUUUCACAUCAAGCUACUUUUUUAUCAAGUAAUAAAGCUCAUAAUUUGUUAUAACCUGAACAAUAACAAUCUUCUAUUUUGUUAUUCAUAUAUUCAUGAUUUAUUUGCAUGAACUGAUUGCUUUCAAUGAGAAACUUUGAAAAGGCCUUGUAAAUUAGAAUGUGUAAGACGGAGCUAAAUUUGCAAAUAAAUGUCUAAACUGCUGGUAA